AUGAAAAAUAAAACCAUGUUAACUGAGUUUAUCCUUCUGGGUCUAACAGAUGUCCCUGAACUCCAGGUGGCAGUUUUCACCUUUCUUUUCCUUGCGUAUUUACUCAGCAUCCUUGGAAAUCUGACUAUCCUCAUCCUCACCUUGCUGGACUCCCACCUUCAGACUCCCAUGUAUUUCUUUCUCCAGAACUUCUCCUUCUUGGAAAUUUCCUUCACAAACAUCUUCAUUCCAAGGGUCCUGAUUAGCAUCACAACAGGGAACAAGAGUAUCAGCUUUGCUGGCUGCUUCACUCAAUAUUUCUUUGCCAUAUUCCUUGGGGCAGAGUUUUACCUUCUGGCUGCUAUGUCCUAUGACCGCUAUGUGGCCAUCUGCAAACCUCUGUAUUACACCACCAUCAUGAACCGCAGAAUCUGCAUCCAGAUGAUUUUCUGCUCUUGGCUGGGUGGGCUAAUGGCUAUUAUACCACCAAUCACCCUGAUGAGUCAGCAGGACUUUUGUGCAUCCAACAGACUGAAUCAUUACUUCUGUGACUAUGAGCCUCUUCUGGAACUCUCAUGUUCAGAAACAAGCCUCAUAGAGAAGGUUGUCAUUCUUGUGGCAUCUGUGACCCUGGUGGUCACUCUGGUGCUAGUGAUUAUCUCCUAUGCAUUCAUUAUCAAGACUAUUCUGAAGCUCCCCUCUGCCCAGCAAAGGACAAAAGCCUUUUCCACAUGUUCUUCCCACAUGAUUGUCAUCUCCCUCUCUUAUGGAAGCUGCAUGUUUAUGUACAUUAAUCCCUCUGCAAAAGAAGGGGAUACAUUCAACAAGGGAGUAGCUCUACUCAUUACUUCAGUUGCUCCUUUGUUGAACCCCUUUAUUUACACCCUAAGGAACCAACAGGUAAAACAAGCCUUCAAGGAUAUGGUCAAAAAGCUUCUAAAUCUUUAA